UUGGGCAGCUUCAGUCUGUCCUGUUGCUUGCUGGCAGGACGCUAAGCUUUAGGUUUAAAGGGCCGUCUUGCUAACCUUAGACUUUACGGGCUGCUUGGCAGAAAUACGCCUUUUGGAGUCGAAAUGCACUUACUGCUCGCCCGUCUGCAAAUAAAGGAGUCAGACACGCAGUGUGACUCUUAAUUCACGCUUUCAAGCAGGAUGUCUUGCCAUGACUGAAAUGCUUUUGGGAGGCCUUGGGGAGUUACAUUAAAUAGUGGCAGCUUUGUGUUAAAGCUCCGCGUUUCCCUUUCUAAAGCGUGUUACGGAGUGGCGUCGGGUUUCCUGUUAUUUCGCGGCGUUCGGACCUCGCUGUGAAGGUACCGCUAUAAUGGAGCUUUUUACUAUGGUGAAACUUUACCGCCGCUUUGUAACCCUGGUAACGAGAUUUAGACGUACGUUUACAUGCGGUUAUAAAGUGCGGCGAUUCUGAAUGUGUGUUUUGUGCAUUUGUUGGACCGCUUUCACUGCCGGAUCGGAUGUUUGUCCUGCGGCGGGACUGGGCGAUAAAAGCUGGAUGUGGGUGAUUGUUUUUCGGGCUUUGCAGCGUUUUGCCAGGCGAUGGCCGAAGCUAGGGUGGAAGAGGAUGAGGAAGAGCUGAAGGAGCAGAGGGAAGCUGGCAUGACACACAGCCAGCGGCAAUCAAACCCAGAUUCAGAUCGUUCUGGGAGACACAAGCCGGAUCAGCACCAUCCCAGCUCCGGUCCGCUCUCAUCCCUGCGGGCUGCCAUCAAGAGGACAACCUCCGCCAGGGCGAAUCCCCACAGUGACACUACAAGAGACAGAAGGCCGGAGAUCACCAUCCUGUCUGCCGAGCCCCUUGCCAGGAACUCCUGGUUUUUGGGGGCCCACGGGGGCUUUCUGCCGGCCCCUCCUCCAGCCCCGCCUGUCUGGAGUGCCGGGGUCACUGCAGCCAGCCAGGCUCCGCCGUCCUACGACCAGGUGAUUAAGGAGAAGACGCAGGAGCGGGUCCAACCGCCUGAUGCCCACAGCCGACACGGGACGUCCACCAUCGCCACACAGACCGAACUGCCAUCGGUGGCUGUCACUCCAUACCCAGAAUCCAAUGUGAUGUCAGUCAGUCCCCCUCCGGUCCAGCUGUCCAAGUUAAGAAAACCCCCCAGACCGCCAAGACCUUUGCUCCCAGCCCAUCUGCUGCCCGAGCCGAGCAGAGCCGCAGACAUCCCUGCCACUUCUCAAGGAGAGACAUCUGAUGAACAUUCUGACCCUGACACCCACAGAGCAGAAGCUUUAGACUGCCUCCUUGAUUUCAGCUGCAAACCCUGGGCAGACGCCUGUGCAGUGGAAGCAGACGGCUCUGAGCUAUGCCUGAUCUCUUUGGACCCUCUCCUUGACCCCAGUGGGCCUCUUCUUUCCGAUUCCUCGGCAGACUGCCCUGCUAAGGAAGAAGCCAGGUGUCCAGUGCCACGGCCUCGCUUGCGGCAGCCAGUCGCCAAACAGGUCAAAGUUCAGACUCUUGUCAGACUGAAAGAUGAUGGGGAAAAUGCUCCGCUGAUCCUUAAAAGUGGGGAGGAUUCCACCAGUAAGUAUUUCCAAGAACUUUUAGAAAUCUUCAGUCCGGAAGAGCAGUGUUUCCCGAGCGCUUCCUGUGAGCAGGACAAAGAAAGUGAACCAGACAUGAGUGCCUUGCGUGCGAAGAUCCAGGCCUUCGAGAAGCAGAGUGACGGCAGCAGUGUGUUUACCGAGUGUAAGAAACCAGAGCCGCGGCCUCGCAUCCAGCAGCCCAAACCGCCAGCGGUGGCCCCUAAACCAUCUCUCGCCCCCAAGCCACCCAGCCAGAAGUGCGGGGAUGGUAGCUUGUCAGCAGGAUCUCCAGCUUUAACGGACAGUGGGGAGUCGUCUCCUCCGAGCUCUGGGCCAAAGCCCCCGGUCCCUGGUGCGUCCGCCACCGACCCGAAGCUGCAGGACACACCGGUGUCACAGUCUGAGAGGCGCCCAUCUCGCCCUCCAGUGGCCCCCAGGUCCAGAAGCUGCACAGCCCAAAGAAAAGCAGGCAACACUGAGAGCCAAGAAGCGUCCUCUCCGGACCUGAUAAACUUUGACCCCCCGUCCGGCAGCUCUCAGCCCCCGCCCCCCAGCCCUGACGACAAGCACGCAGGAAGUGCCCGUUCCUGUUUUCACGUAGCUGUGAGGCAGGACGUGAGUCGGCCCGCCGUUCCCAGGAAGCCCUCAUCCAUCAGGAUUCCCAGGAGACCGUCGGAAGGCGAGUCCGCAGAGAGCCCCCCGCCUCUUCCAGCAGAGAGGCCAGUCAGUGGUCCCACCCAUGCCGUGUCCCAAAAGCCAAGUGCCGCCAGCAAAGCCCAGGCCACACCUCGAGCACCAGACAAAGCGGAGUCCCCAGGUGGCCCCCUGACUGAGAAAUCCGCCCCCCCUCGUCCCGCUGGAGUGAAAGUGCCGCCGCCUCGCCCCCCCUCAGCCAAAGGUGUCCCCAUCAGGCCGCCGCCCCCCCGGCCCGGCCUCUGCCGCUCCUCCUCUGAGGGGGAAGCCAAGCAGGCACGAGGCCAGGGCUCUCAGAAGAAGGGCCCCGCCCUGCCCCCCCGGCCGAGCCCCGGGCCCCCGCUCCCCGGAAGGCAGGGGAAAGAUGAGGUUUUGAUACAUUUCGAGCCAGACAACGCUAUUAGUGCUGAGUGCAAGUCGGCAGACAGCACAGCUAAGGAAGCUCCGCCCCCCGUGAAGAGUUUCGCCGCCCCUGUGGCCUCCAGCAGGCCAGGCGUGCAGGUUCCUGAACCGGGACACGUUCAGGAAGCCGGACCUGGUCUGCAGGUGGAGGUGCUGCACGAUUUCUCACCAGGUCCUGGGGAACUUGCCCUAAAGAUAGGUGAUGCGGUUUCCAACGUGGAGAAGGUGGACAGCGACUGGUACCGUGGAACUUGUGGGGGUCUUUCUGGCAUUUUCCCUGUCAAUCACGUUAGAGUGCUGUCAUGUCUCCCAGCUCCAUCCAGUGGAACUAAUGCAACGCAAACAGUGAGUGGCCCGAGGUGUGUUGCACGGUUUGGCUUUGAAGGGAAGCACAGUGAUGAGCUGUCUCUGUGUGAGGGUGAUGUCAUCAGGCUGAAGGAGUUUGUGGACCAGCAAUGGGCCCGUGGAGACCUCAAUGGCCACGUGGGCAUUUUCCCCCUCAACUUUGUGGAAAUUGUGGAAGACCUUCCAGAUGCAGCACUGCAGCCGGGUGGACAGACUAAGCCAGACACGAGUUCAUUGCUCAGGAACAAGGACGUCGCUGACCCCAAUCAGGCGGGACCUGCUGGGACAGAGUGGGCCGUGGCCCUCUAUAGCUUCACCGGCCAGACGGACGAAGACCUGCCCUUCCAGCAGGGUGAACACAUCCUGAUCACGCGACACGUCGACGCCGACUGGUGCUGUGGGCGGCUCAAUGACAAGGAAGGCCUGUUCCCGAAGGCGUUUGUCCAGAUCCGUACAGGUUAAGUGUGGGAUGUACACGUUUGAAUUCAUUGCCUGUUGAAACAAAAGCUUUUAACCUAAAACUGAUCUCAGGAGGCCAGAGGUGGAAUUACAGCAUUUCCUGAAGUGAGGUGACCUCAAGCUUUAAACUGGAGGGGGUACAUUCAUGCUGACCAAAAAUGUAGCUCUGGUUUCAAGAAAAACUGGAAGCAGUUAUAGGAUUUUUAAUUGUUUUAAAUGGACUUUCUUUUGAUGUUUGUGCGAUACCAUGCUGAUGUUUUAGGAUACUUGUAUUGACAUUGAAUGUUAACAGGUUUUACUCGCCCUGUUACAAAGUUGCAUUUGCCCAUUUUCCAUGCUGUUUCAGCAUUACCAAAAUGCCUACCAGUAUACUGCCACCUGGUGGAUCAACACAGUAAAGAACUUUGUCAAACCAUA